AUGUUCAACUUCAGAAGCAUCCUGAAGAUACUACAGUUCCUGAAAUUAUUGAUUUUUUUAUUUUUUGAGAAUUUCAUCUUAUUCAUAUUUCCUCCAUGCAAAAAAACUUUUGCUGGGGAAAUAGUGCUUAUUACUGGCUCUGCAAAUGGGAUUGGAAGGCAGAUCGCCUUAAAUUUUGCUCCUUUGGGCGCAACCUUGGUUCUUUGGGACAUUGAUGAUGAAGGCAACAAAGAAACAAGCAGAUUAGCCCAAAAAAAUGGAGCUAAACGAGUGUUUGCCUACCACUGUGACUGCAGCAAUAGGGAGGAGGUCUACGAGCAGGCAGACAAGGUUAUAAAAGAAGUUGGGGAUGUUACUAUUCUAAUCAAUAAUGCUGGCAUACUGCUUGGGAAAAAGUUUUGUGACAUUUCAGAUGCAGAUUUUGAAAAGACCUUAAGAGUCAACUUCCUCUCUCAAGUCUGGACUUGCAAGACCUUUCUUCCAGCCAUGAUGACCUGUAACCGUGGACACCUGGUUAGCACAGCCAGUGCAGCAGGAUUGCUGGGAGUCUACAGAAUGUCAGAUUAUACUGGAAGUAAGUAUGCAAUUAUUGGAAUGAUGGAAGCCUUAGAUUCGGAACUGUAUCAUGCAGGAAAACAAGGCAUUAAAAUAACAAUCAUUUGCCCUUAUUUUAUUAAUACUGAAUUAGCUAAAGGUUUUCAAACCCAAAACCGCCUUUUUCUUCCUGUUUAUGAUGCUGAGUACGUAGCCAGCAAGAUUAUGGAUGCAAUUCAAAAGGAAAAGUUUUAUCUAAUCAUGCCUCUGACUUUACGCUUUCUUGCUUUCAAAACUCUCAUUCCUAGAAAAAUGGUACUAUUCUUCGAAUCUUGCCUUAAUAUCACCAACAGCUUCGAUAAAGCCUUUGGUCGGAAGAAAAAGAUUGAAACCAAAAUAUUCUGA